AUGGGAUCCCACUUCAGGAAGAAGGUAAGUGAACGAUCUCCCUUAGGACAUGACAGAAUUUACUGAGUGUUCGUUGUAGGAGGCCAAGGUCGACGAUGAUGAUUCUGCCGCCGAGAAGGAACCUUGGAACAAGCAGGCCUUCACCUAUUUUCGCUUGCUGUUCAGCCCCGGCUAUUGCAUCUGGGAUGUCCUCCUCUUUUGUGGUGGUAUAGUGGGUGGCAUCGCUGCAGGAGUUCCUUUCCCGCUCUUGGGUAUCCUGUUCGGUCAACUCAUCGACAAAAUCAACAGUGCCAACUGCACGGAGAACACGGGAGGUGACACCUCGUCCAUUGAAGAUGCCGUCGUUCAAAAAGUGCUCUAUAUCAUCUAUGUUACCAUCGCCAACUGGUGCUUCAUUUACAUCAACACGACAUGUUGGGGCAUGUUCGGAGAGCGUCUGGUCCGUCGUUUGCGGGAGACAUACUUGAGGAGCCUCUUGCGACAGGAAUUGGCUUUCUUUGACAAUCUUCCUGCGGGUGAUGUUUCGUCCCGUUUGUCCAACGAUCUCGAAGAUAUUCAAAAGGGAACGUCUGAGAAGGUCGGCAUCGUGCUUUCGAGCACCUCUUACUUCGUGGCUGCCUACAUCGUGGCCUUCAUCAAAUAUGCUGAACUCGCUGGCAUUUUGGUAUCCCUUGUCCCAGCCUACUUUCUUAUGGCCUUUGUGGGAUCCUACUUCAUCAAGCGGUACACCGGAAGGAUGUCAGAUCAAAUUGCUCUAGCGACUUCUAUCGCUUCUGAGAGUUUGAACAAGCUCACCAUAGUCCAUGCCUUCGGUGCAAAUGCUCGUCUGGAAGCUAAGUUUGCCAGCUACCUCAACACGGCCAGAGACGCAGGCAUGAAAAAGGCCUUCACGGCAGCCAUUCAGCUUGGUCUGCUGUACUUCAUUGCAUACUCCACCAACGCCCUGGCGUACUGGCAAGGAAGUCGAGGCAUCGCGGACUCUAUUGACAACGGAGGCGAUGCUGGCAAGAUUGGGGCUGUCUACACGGUCAUAUUCUUGCUCAUUGAUGGUAUUUGGUGCCCCGGUGGAGUCCGCUAUCCCGUCUCUGUUUACUGAUAUGAUGCAGCAUCUUUCAUUCUCAGUCAAGUCGCCCCAUUCAUGCAGAUCUUCGGAACAGCAGCUGGUGCUUUUGAGAAACUCAACAAGGCCAUUACGAGAGAGUCGCGAAUUGAUGGCACCGACCGUGUUAAUGGACUUCAUCUAAAUCAUAUCGAUGGCGCUAUUGAGUUCGAUAAUGUCGCUUUCGCCUACCCUAGUCGCCCAGACAGCACGGUCGUCAAGGAUCUCUCUAUGACGAUCCCAGCGUUCAAGCAUACCGCGAUCGUUGGUCAGUCCGGAGGUGGCAAGUCUACCGUCGCAGCUCUCCUGGCACGACUCUAUGACCCGAGCGAGGGUAGCGUCAGAUUGGACGGAGUUGACUUGCGUGAGCUUAAUGUAGCAUAUUUGCGAGGAUGCAUUGGUGCUGUACAACAAGACCCUGCCCUUCUGGACCGUUCGAUACUCGAAAACAUCGCCCAUGGACUGAUCAACUCUAAUGCUCCCGUCGAAGAGAUCUCCACGGUCUUGGACGGAGAAGUUGCACAGUUCGCUGAACAAAUUCGUAAAGGCACUCAGUUUGAUGUUGCCCUACGGACAAAGUCUUCUGCUCUUCAAAGCGUUGUGCGUCGGGUCCUGAAAUCUGCAGAAAUUGCAGAUGCAACAGCUUUCAUCGAUCGGCUUGAACAUGGUUUGGCUACCACUGUUGGAUCUGCUGGUAAUCAGUUUAGUGGAGGACAAAAGCAAAGAAUCGCCCUGGCACGAGCUAUGAUGAGAGACCCGAAGAUUCUACUACUGGAUGAAGCCACCUCUGCUCUGGAUUCUCGUAGCGAACGACUAAUUCAGGGUGCUCUGCGAGAAGCCUCCAAAGGACGCACAACCAUUAACAUCGCGCACAGAUUGUCGACUGUAAAGCAUGCAGAUAACAUAAUUGUCAUGAGAAGCGGCAAGAUUGUGGAACAAGGCUCCCAUCAGGCACUCGUCGCCGCGGAUGGUGUCUAUGCCAGUAUGGUCCGACUUCAGACUGUCGGCCAGGGCGAAGAGACUGAAGACGCUGUUCAAAGCUCUGCUGAGAACUCCGGGGAUGGGAUUUCAUUUGCAGAAGACCGCACCAGCGAUGAGACACCUCCCAAGGAGAUGACCAGGACUUCUGAGGAAAUCUUUACUAUGCAACUCGACGAACCAGACAAAGCUCCCGAAAACGAGGAGAAAUACGACAGUGACAAAGCUCAUAAGACGAAACAGCGAGGACUUGUAUCAACAAUCGCUCGUGUUGGAGCUCUCACCAGAUCUCAGGCCUUCUAUCUCUUGUUCGCCUUUACAGCCGCAGCCGUUGUUGGUGGCUCAUACUCUGGAGAAGCCGUUAUUUUUGGACAUACCAUCAGUAGCUUCAGUAGCUGCAAUACUGCCGCGGCGAUCCUUUCUGCUGGACACUUCUGGGGUCUACUCUUCUUUAUCUUGGCCAUCAUAGAGUUCUUCGCUAACUUGAUCAUGGGCUCGCUCUUUGGAAGAGUCUCCGAGGACACUUUGUACAAGAUUCGUGUACUUUGCUUCAGGACUCUGCUGGGCCAGAACGCUGACUGGCACGAAUCCGAUGGUAGGGAUCCUUCCUCUCUGCUGGCUUUCAUCACUACGGACGCCAAUGCUCUAGCUGGACUAACUGGUACGAUCUUGGGUACGCUGUUCUCCAUCAUUAUCAACUCCAUUGCCGGUAUUGCUCUAUCGCUUGCGAUUGCUUGGCGGAUCUCGAUUGUACUCAUGGCUUGCGUGCCGGUCCUUCUAGGCGCGGGAUUCAUGAGACUCCGCUGCUUCAAGAAGUUCCACGAAAAGCACGCAAAAGCUUUCUCGAGUGCCACAGGCUUUGCGGUCGAAGCUGUCAAUUCCAUUCGAGUCAUAUCCAUGUACUCUUUGGAAGAUGAAGCCGUCAAUGUCUAUCAUCGAGCUUUGAAGGCUCCUUACGCAGAGACCCUGAAAAUGCUCCUAUGGAGCAAUGCAUGGCUUGCUUCUUCGUACAGUGUUAGUAACCUGGUCUAUGCACUGGCAUACUGGUGGGGUACACAGAACAUCAUUGAAGGGCGAUACAGUCAGACGCAAUUCUUCAUCGUCUUGCCAGCGCUUCUUUUUAGUGCGCAGACUUGUGGACAGCUCUUUGCUCUCGCGCCGGACUUCUCCAAAUCUGGUGUCUCCGCCGCCAGGAUUCUGGAUCUGUUGGAGAUUGGCAAGAAAACUUUGACAAUUACUCCCAAAGCCAUUCGAGCUGGUCCCAAUAUCGACGAUGAUUCCGAUUUUGGCGGAGAGAAAGACAUCGAAGCUGGAAUAGAAAAAUCUGACAGCCGUGUUGGAGGCGGCGCACACGUUCGCUUCGAGGGCGUCGAAUUCUCAUACCCAGCACGUCCAGAUGCCCAAGUCCUUAAAGGUCUAGAUCUCGACAUGAGACCCGGCCAAUUCUGCGCCCUCGUGGGUCCUUCCGGGGCAGGCAAGUCCACCAUCAUAUCCCUCAUUGAGCGCUUCUACCGUCCCUCAUCCGGCCGAGUCACCAUCGACGGCAGAAACGUAAGCGAUUUCACAUCAGCUUCGUUCCGCAACGACAUUGCCCUCGUACCACAGGAAAGCGUCAUGUUCGAAGGCACGCUCAAAUUCAACCUGAGCCUCGGGGCCCGUCCGGACUCCGAAGUCACGGACGCAGAAAUCGAAGACGCGUGUAAACUCGCUAACAUCCACGAGACCAUCAUGGCUUUGCCCGAGAAGUACGAAACGCGCUGUGGACCCAAUGGGAAUCAAUUUUCCGGGGGCCAGAGACAGCGCGUCUCCAUUGCGCGCGCUCUGCUGCGGAAACCGAGACUUUUGCUUCUGGAUGAGUCUACCUCUGCGCUGGAUUCGGAGAGCGAGAAGAUGGUGCAGGAUGCGUUGGAGAAUGUCCGGCAGGGUGUCACGGUGGUGGCGAUUGCGCAUCGCUUGCAUACGAUUGAGAAGGCGGAUCGGAUCUUCGUGAUUGAGGAGGGGAAGUGUACGGCCAGAGGGACGCAUAAGGAGUUGCUGAGGGAUAGUGAGACUUAUCGGACGAAUGCUUUGCAUCAGGUUCUGGGAGAUUGA